GCAUAACUGCUUCCCACAUGCUGUACAUGGAACAUGCCUCUUAGCUACAGGUGCACAGAGACAGCACUACAGUGUUCUGUCCUCUUGAGGUGUGUCUAUGAGAUAUAGCAGUAUUAUGGCUGCAGGAAUAGAACAGGAUCCUGGAAGCGGAGGUGCUGAUGCUGAUGAGAGAAGCAAUCAAGAGAAAGAGAGCUUACAUGAUGGAGGCAACGAAGCAAACAUACCCCCAAUUGAGGGGUUAGAUGCCAAAGUUGAUCAAAACAAUGUGGACUGGGAAGACAAGUCUGGCUCUGGCACAAAGAAGUGCCCACCAGUGUUAGAAUAUACUCUGACAUACCAAUACCCCAUAGGAUAAUACCUCUGAUUUGUAAGCCAGCCCAGUAUACCAUAUUAAAAACAAAGCUUGAAGGAAGUGUCUA